UAAUGUGCGUCAGUCCUUCGUUCAAAUCAUAUGUUAGCCGCGCUUUGAAAACUUUUCAAAAAUCGAAGAAAAAACUACUUUACUCUGGUGCAGUAACUAAUGCAAACUUACUUCAACAUUCAACGCCUUGGUUUCCUUUUGCUUCAUUUGCUUUGUUGGUGAAUUAAUGCGGUUGUUGUGAGUGGAUAUUUUUGUGCGGUGGUUGCUGUGAUUGGUGCGGGGAAAUUUUUGGUGGCGAAAACUUUUUCUCAGUAGUUUACAUAGUGACAGUUAGUUCGCGUUGGUGGUUAUGACAUGACACGAAGCACCAGUCAGUGAAAUUGUGGAAUGGAAUUAUAUAAAGAGCCAAGAAUGUAUCAACUUUAAGCACGAGUUUUGUUUUAUUCUUCGUGUGCUGCACAUCGAUUGGUGCAAGUGGAACGCGCAUCGACCGUAAAUAAAUUAUCGUGCAACGCACAUGCCGCCGUUUCGCGGCUGUUGACGCCGCCGCCAGGGACCGAACCGCCGCCCAAAGGCUGCACGAAUAUGUACGAAGCGGUGCCGAGCGGCGGCGCGCCGACCAUCAUAACACCAACACACCGCAAUAAACUGCUGAUGUACGACGCCGACGACGACGGCGAGAACGACCUGCCGGAGGACUACUACGUUGAAUGCGAAACAGUUCCACACCAACAGCCCGACGAUGGUCGGCAACGCGUACCUGGUGCGUCUGCCUCACCGUCGCACACCACCUACGCCACGAACAGUGGCAGACCGCGAAUCGCCUCGACCUUAGUUCACAUCGCCGAACGCGAUCGAGCGCACCGCACCGCGCGGCACUCCGUUAACAAUAAUAAUGCACUCGCGAACGAACGCCGGCCGUUAACGAUCGCGGACGCCGACAAUAAUUACAUUAGCGAGCGGAUAAUUGAAUCGAUGGUCAAUGAGCGCGCUGCGCACGCGAAGGAUAACGUCAUGCCGCCGGUGAUGGAGGACAGUAGGGAUUGCAGGGAUGAUUUGAACGAGAGAAAAGACAGCAACGGACCGGAAGCGCACAUUAAUGGCCGCACUCAUCCGGAGGAGUGGAAACAACGUAAUGGGAUAACACAGCGGAACGGCGAAUGCAGGAGGUCGGAGCGUGAGGAAAAUUGUUGUGUGGGCAUGGGUGAGCGCAUAGACGUGGACCAAAUCAAACUGGAGCACUACAGACUAAAGACACAGAAUGUCGGCGUGCAGACGACACAUUUAUCACCGUAUCGGCUGCGAUUUUGGCCGGUGGCGGCAUCGAUUAAGUGCCUGGAUGCCUCGUUUAUGGACGUCGUCAAAUGCUGUUUGCGCACUUUGAGCCAGUGGUUCCUCUCACAAGUUGGUUUGACUUGUGUGCUUAUUGUUUGGGCCCUUUUGGGAGCGACGGCUUUCUAUAAAACAGAAGGUCCGAGGGAACGUGAGCAGGCCGAGCAAAUAGACCAUUAUAAAGUCGAUAUUUCAAUAGAUUUAGCAACCGACUUGCGUCAGUUGAAAGAAGGCUCCGACAAGUGGCCGGAAACCAUUCAGAAAUAUUUAAAUAAACACGAAAGUUUACUGUUGCAAGCGGUAAGUUCUGGAUAUGUCGAAGGCGGCGGGUCCAUCUGGACGUAUCCUGGAUGUGUUCUUUUUGCGGUACUACUACUUACAACACUUGGUUUCGGUGCACCUGUGCCAAGGACCUCGCUGGGCCGAGGCAUGGCCGUCCUCUUCUCUGCUGUCGGCAUUCCACUGCACUUUAUGCUCAUAAUCAACGCGUCCAGUUUGAUUGCCAAAUGCUUGCGUAACUUGGCCACCAUUAAGCCUGCCGGUGAAAUGCCUGAAGCCAAGUCAAACCGCCGCCUAUGGUACAAAUGGUUUCCUCCUAUAGUCGCAGUAUUAUACUACAUCCUAGGUGUGAUUGGUUUCGGUGUGCUGCGGCAGCGCAGCGUUGUCGAAUGCCUUAUGUUUGCACUAGAUUUCACCGAAUCUGGCGGUGUGGCCAAUACUGCUGGUCAUGUGCGCAUUCUGUAUGCAUUAUAUAUUGAAAUUGCAGUGAUACUUGCCGCAACGAUUAUGUCAAUUGUUCAGGUGUCUGCCACGAAUGGCAUCAUCGAUUUGGGCUUGCGACUUGGCCUGCUGACAAAUACGUAAAACAUGUACAUUUAUUGUAAGUGCCUUUAGAGAAACUUAACGAAUUUUAAAUGAACAAAUUGAAGCACAAAUUAUGCUUAUAGCUACGAUAUCGAUAUUAUUAGGGUACUGUUGAUGUGAAUUCGAAAUCAAACUAUUCCGAACGGGUAAUGCGUGAUGACUUUUUACAUAUCAUAGUUAUUUUCAGUUUCAAUUAAUAUUAAUUAUAUUUUAGAGACCUAUCCGUCCAUAAAGGCAUAUGUGUUUAGUUUACAUUAAAGAAAUUUAUUUAUUUUUGUUAUUGUUAUUAUCUUCACUUGCUGGUUUGCUGGAGUUUUUAUUUACAAUGAAUAUCAACACUUUUUUACUCACCUGGGCUGUACAAUACGUACAAAUCAAUGUUUGGCAUGUUAUAAGAUUGCAGACGAGCAAAAACACCAAUGUUAUAUACAAAAUUUUAAUUUCCUAAAGGAAAUUACCAAAUCAGAAUAUUUUUUGUGUUGGUGAGUAAAAAACAUUAUUUAACAUUGACUGACAGUUUUUCAUCAAUUUUAUCUUUGUUAGACGAUGACUUUCAUUAAUUAUGAUUUACUCUAAAUAGCUGUAUUAUGUCGCACAAAGACAUGAGCAUUAUUAAAAACCUAAUUAAUAUGAGAUAACUAUUGUAAAAAUUCAAUUAUUUGUUAUUUAAAAAUGAUGAAUGCAUGAAUGUUCUUUGCGGGCACAACAACGGCGUGAAAAAGGCACAAGGGUUUAAAGUUCUAAAGAUUGAAUUGCAUAAUUAAAAACGGAUAAAACACGGUACUUAUCGCAAGAAUAUAAUAAAUGCAAAUGUUAGCUGUGUAUCAAUAUAUUAUAUUUAUUUUUCUUGUGUUUAAUUUUGAUUAUUAUCAGUAUACUGCUGUCAAGUAUUUUGUAAUAGAUAAUUAAAAAGUAAUGCUAUGAUUCAGAA